UGGACCGCGAGAGAGGUGAGUAGGAUUACAGGAAAUCCAAUCCAACCCGCGCCGGCUGCGUGGCCACUGCCGCCGCUCGGUCUUGUGCUUGUCCAGGUCCAACCGUCCAAGGAUAAAAAAUGAGCACGAACCUGGGAGGAGCCUCUUGCUUCGGCUUCGGCUUGACUCAGAUGCAGCCCGCCGCCGUUAGGCUCCGGUUGCCGCCUGCUCGCGCCGCGGACACUUCGUCCUCCCAGUCGCCGGCGCGCCUGACGGCGGUGCUGGAGCAGGUGGACCAGUUGCUAAGCCAGGGGAACGACAUGGCCGCGCUCUCCCUCGUGCGCAGUACGCAGGGGGGUGACGGCGGGCUCCGGGCCUUUGGCGCCGCCAGGCAGGUACCUCAACGACUUUAUAAAUUGGAUGAGCUUAAACUGAAUGGGAUUGAUACUUCUGCUUUCCUAUCACCCGUAGAUCUGACACUAGGAUCAAUUGAGAGAAAUCUCCAAAUCGCUGCAGUUCUGGGAGGGUUUUCUGUAUCAGCUGCAUUGGAACUUUCUCAACUCCAAAUCCUGUUUCUCAUACUAGGUCUACUAUCUUUGUGGUCCGUGGACUUUGUAUAUUUUGGUGGUGGGGUGAGAAACUUGGUUCUUGAUACAAUUGGUCACUAUCUCAGCCAGAAGUAUCACAACAGAGUUAUCCAGCAUGAAGCUGGUCACUUCUUGAUAGCUUACUUGCUUGGAGUGCUUCCAAAAGGAUACACAAUCACAAGCUUAGAUACACUUAUGAAUCAAGGAUCGCUUAAUGUGCAAGCUGGAGCAGCUUUUGUGGACUAUGAGUUCCUUGAAGAGAUGGUUAACAAGUUCUCGUGUAUAGCACUAGCCGGAGUUGCAGCAGAGUAUCUUCUGUAUGGACGUGCAGAAGGAGGAUUAGCCGACAUCAAUAAGCUUGAUGGAUUGCUCAAGGGUUUGGGUUUCACCCAAAAGAAAGCUGAUUCACAGGUGAGAUGGGCUGUGCUGAAUACUGUUCUCAUACUGCGUCGCCAUGAAAAAGCUAGAUCGCAGCUUGCAGAGGCAAUGUCUACAGGGAAGUCGGUGGGCUCUUGCAUCCAAGUCAUAGAAGAGUGUAUAAGCACUGACGAUAUUUAACGUGGAUAUGUUGCUGACCCUACGUUGUCUCAAUGGCAUGUUAUCAACAACAAAUCAAGGCUUGUCAAUCCAAAAGAGGAUUUGAGUAUUAAAUCCACUCUUAAGGCUAGUUUGAGAACCUUAUUUUUUUAAGAGAUUUUCUUUUUUUUUUAAGAUAAAUUAGUUUAUUUUCUCUUGAGAAAAUAGAAAUCUCUUGGAAAAUUGGAGUUGCUAAACUAGCCCUUAGUCAAAAAUGACUAGUAGAGAAUUUAAUCUUCAAUUGCCUUCUGGAUUUACGUAA